CGGUGAGAGAGAGAGAGGGGGAGGGAGAGAGCGAGCGUGUAAAUACGAGAUUCGCUCGGUGGCGGCGGUGAUAUCGCGCAUUCCGGCCGGUUACGCCUGCCCGAGAAAUGCGGUUCUAAAUCGGCGAUUUCCGAUCUCGGCCUGGGCUCUCGCUCGCGGGGUGGGUGGAUUGCCAGGCGGGGAGGGGGAGGCCGAGUGUGCUCCGUUUGUACGUUUCGUCGGUUUGUUGUCGAGAGAGGAACGGGCGAAACGAGGGGAGAAAAGGAGGACGACAGGAAGGAAGGAAGGAAAGUGGCGACCAAGGUGGAGAAUAGAGGAAGGAGAGUGAGAGUGAAUGAGAGAGGCAAGAUGGCGAGCUCCUUAACGUGGUCGUGCUGCCUGCGCUUCAAGUUCAGCCCGGAGGAGAUCGAGCAGCGUUACAAGAGCCAGGAGAUCGACCGGAUGCUCGAGAAGGAUCGGCAGACCUUCCGCCGGCAGGUGAAGCUGCUGCUGCUCGGGGCGGGCGAGAGCGGCAAGUCGACAUUCCUCAAGCAGAUGCGGAUUAUUCACGGGAUCAAGUUCGAGCCCGAACUAAUUAAGGAAUACCAACAUGUCAUCUACCAGAAUAUUAUUAAGGGUAUGAAGGUUCUCGUGGAUGCACGGGAUAAACUUAAUAUUCCUUGGGAGAAUACCAAGAAUUACGAUAUCGGUUUCCAAUUACUCAAGUUUGAGAACACCAUGGUGCUGGACACUAGAUUAUUUCUCCAUUAUGUCCCAGCAUUGCAGAGUCUGUGGAAGGACGCGUCCAUUAGAAGAGCAUUCGACCGCCGAAGAGAAUUUCAAUUAAGUGAUUCUGUCCAAUACUUUCUCGACAAUCUCGAUAGGAUUGCAAGAGUGGACUACACGCCUACGCAUCAGGAUAUCUUGCACUGUAGGAAGGCGACCAAAGGAAUUUCCGAGUUUGUAAUACCAAUUAAUAAUAUCCCAUUUCUCUUUGUUGACGUUGGCGGUCAAAGAUCUCAAAGGCAAAAAUGGUACCAGUGCUUUGACUGCGUCACAUCCAUACUGUUUCUCGUAUCGUCGUCGGAAUUUGACCAGGUCUUGUUGGAAGAUAGGAGGACUAACAGAUUGGAAGAAUCGAAAAAUAUAUUUGAUACAAUCGUAAACAACAUGAUAUUUUGUGGUGUCUCUAUCAUUUUAUUCUUAAACAAAACGGAUUUACUCGACAAGAAAGUCAAGUCGCAAGAUACAAAUGUCCGUUUGUAUUUUCCACAAUUUACGGGUGAUCCACAUUCCAUGAAUGACGUACAAAAUUUUAUCCUCGAUAUGUUCGUCUCGGUGAAAAGGGAUCCAAGGAAGCCGUUGUUUCAUCACUUUACUACUGCGGUGGACACGGAAAAUAUUAAAGUUGUCUUUAAUGCUGUCAAGGAUACUAUUCUGCACCGAAACUUGGAAUCCCUCAUGCUUCAAUAAUGUACAAGCGGAGUAAUUUUACCAGAUAAAGCAGCUAGAGUAAAACAAAGGUAUGCGUCACAAAAAUUUUACAUUUAAUAUAUUAUUAAUCCAAUCUGUAGUUUUCGAGGAAUAUUGCAAUAUAUACACACUAGGUCAAAACGCGUUUUGAUAAGACAAUAUAUACGUAUGGAUAUACAACUUUUGAAUAUUUACCUUUACAUGCAUAUAUACACACACACACACACACACACAUAUAUUUAUAUAUACAUACAUACAUUUAUAGAUACAUUUAUAAAGAGAAAACUGCCUGAUGUAAAGAUGUAUCGAGACAAAUUUGACUUUAUAUACACUGUGUAUGCAUGCCUGUAUGCGUGCGUGUUUUUAUACAUAUAUACAUAUAUAAUACUUUUUCAUUGUGUACUCUUGAUGAAUAUUGAAAGGUUGUAAGAUUAUUAUAUAAACUUGUACAUAAUUUUUUUGUAUUCUACAUAUUGUCAAUAAUUUCUACAAUAAUAGAUUGACGUGUUUGUAUAAAAAGGAAGGAUCAGUUACAAAUAAUUCAGUUUAGAUUCUUACGUUUGUACAGAUAUUUGCGAGCAGAUAUAUCAAUUUUUCAAUCAUUUAAUAUAAGAUUAUUAUACUGGUUAUAUUAAGCCAGGAUUCACAAAUUUACACACACAAAUAACUUAUUUUUUAUUUAAGAUUAAUUACUGAAUACAUUAAUCGUUUGAAUGCCAAGAAGCAUGAUUGCGCUUCUCCAAUUUCACGUUAAAAAAUGCUAAUAGAUCCAACAAGUAUUAUCGCUUUCUUCUUUUGUCUCAUUAUUCAAUAUUGUUAUCUUGUAUUUGUGGCUAAUUCGAUUUAGCAGCUAUGUAAUUGAAAAUUGCGACAGAAAUUAAAUGGAUCUAUUGCGACGCUUGCUCAACACUUUUCAAGCUACUUUCGGCACUCAAACGGUUAAAUGGCAAGAAAACCAAAUACUAGAAGCCAUGAAAAACCAAAUGAAGCUAACCAGUUUGUGUUCAAAUUGCUGUGGGAAAAAAUGUUUACCCAUUCUUCUUCCGAAGAAACAACAUUAUUCGAUAUAAUAUCUAAAUCCUUGUGCUUUGUGCAUUCUACAAAAUUCUAGGCUGCUAUUAUAAAUUGUAAAUAAUUACAUUAACUGAAACUGCUUUCUUUCUUUAUAUAUAUAAAGAAUAAAAGAGAGCUGUGUGCUUCUUCAAUUAAACAUUAUGAAAUAUCCAAUUAAUUAUACAUUUUUAAGGAAUAAUAUAGCAAUUCUUUGAAUCUUGAAGGUACAUGCGUCACACAAAUGUAACAAGUUUUAUUUGUCUGGUCUGUAUAUUUGAUGACUGAUCCUUUAUUAAUUAUUAUACUUGAAAAAGAAAAUUGUUUAAUAAAAUAAUCAGUAUUAUUUUUCUAUAUUGUGCGAAUUAAUCCCAUGUUUUUCGUUUUGCAUAUUACGAGAUUGGAACAGCAAUUUGUAUGAAAUGUAUCUAAAAUUUAUUAUUGUGUUUGUCUCAGUGCAUGCAAAUUUGUUUAGAAAUUUUGUUAUUUUAUGAUUGAAAGUCAGAUAAGUAAAGUGUCGGUUAAAAAAGUCUGACACGAUUUGGAUCGAACCAUUGCAGCGUACCAAAAAUUCGGGAAAAAAGUAAAAAGCUUAUAUUUUUAACAUAUUCUUUGCGAUUAAAACUUAUUAUCAAAUUGUGUAUUUCUGGCAACAAAUGUUACAGUAUUUUUCUUUUUAUUGUAUGAUUAGUUCGAUUCUGUGUAGAAUUAAGAAACCUCUAUAUAUUAUUCCAUGUGUUUUAAUUAUUCCUUAUUAUACUUAAUUUUAUUAAUUUAUUCAAUUCAAUAAUCACAUUGUGUUACAAGCCAUUCCAAUUCUAUGAAUCACCUAUUACAUAAAAGCCUUGCUGCUUUUAAUGUGCACAAGUUUAAUAAAGCUGAAUAAGUUUACUAACAAGUAAAUUUAUAACUUUCAUCAUUAACCAGAACGUACUAAUUGUAUACUAAAUUACACAUGUAUAUACAUAUAUAUAUAUAUAUAUAUAUACAUGUGUGCGUGUGUGUGGGUGCGUGUGUAAAUAUAUUCUGUGUAUCCGUCAGUUUCUUAUGUAAAAAGGUAUUGAGAAAAGUAUAUCUCAUUUAAGAGCUCCUACAUAUAUUAUUUCAUACAAACAGCUUGACUGUACAAAAAAUGUUUAAUAAUCAGUAUAUUUUGUAAAUGAAAUUUUUACAUUCCUUAACGAUAAUCCGGUCCAAUUUAUAUAAUUGAUACUUUAAUAUUGUUUUUGUAACAAAAACAUUGUCUCGAAUGUACCUUGUUUUAUACUGGUCUAUAUAUGUAUGUAUAUCGUUUACACGCAGGAUUAGUGUGUUAAUGCUCAUUGCACAGGGAACGCCUAUGAUGUUUAUAAAAAGAUUUAAAAGAGAUAUAAAUUGACACUCAUCGUAACAAAUUCGCAGACAUAGUUCUAACAAGUAUGUUCUAUAUGCAAUAAAGCUUAAUAGAAAAUUCGCUUGAUAUCAUCAAGACCAUAGUAGUUGUUAAAAUUCAAAACGUUACAUUACGCCACGGUUAUAUUUUAUCAAGACUGCUUUCAGGAUAUAUCGACAUACGAUAUUACACAUGUAUUUUCUAUUAAGCUAUUUAUAAAUGAAACAAAGAAUACAUGUAAUGUAAUGAUACGUAUACAUGCUUGAAAUUUUACCGUAAUAACAUCGACUGAGAGUAUAAUAAUUAUGUGAUAAUAUAUAUUUCUCGAAAAGUUGGAAAAUCAUUUUUAUAUUUUUCAAAUUCACUAAGAUGAUUUUGAUAUGUCUUUCCAAUUUAGUCUAUCUAUUUCAAGUCAUAAGAAGGUUGUAUAAAAUGCAUUUAAACCAAAUGUCGGAGAAAUAGCGUCAUGUGUAUAUAUAUACUAUUUUUUGUUUUUUUAUUUACACUUACAUUCGUAAAUUAAAGAGAAAAGGAAACGAAUUCGAGUCUUUAUUUAUUCUUUUUCACACAAUUGAAAUUGAAAAAAUCGGAAAAGAUAUUAAACCGAGGGAAUAAUGGAUUGUAUAUGUUUGUGUAUACGUAGCUAAUGAUUAACUUGAGGUGUUGUCAUUAUCUUUAGCGCUGCCAUGGUUUUUAUAUCAUAUAUAGUUUUCACGAAAAGUUUAACAAUAAGCAAUGGACAUAUGUAUCCAUGGAACCUAACAAUAUGUUCCGACAUUGCUGCCGACAGACUUACAAUAAGGGAAAUCGUCACACAUUAGUUGUAAAAUAACAUGUCAAUUAUAAACAUCUUUUUUCACGCAACUUGAGAUAUUUUUAAACUGUUACACGAUGGUUUCAGAUUAAGCAAACUGACAUCUUUUCUCUUAACAUAAGUCAAAGGAAAUUAUCAUAUUUUGUACAAUUUUGCACUUUUUGUGAUAGCGGGCAUUUAAUAUAAAAACAAAAAACCGUCAAGUUUCAAAUAGAAUUUCUGUUGAAAUGAAAUUUAUUUAAUUUACAAUAAAGAAAAAUUGUUAUAAGAUUAUGAAGCUUUAUUUUCCAAAUUUAAUCACUCAAAAUUUCCGAAUUUGUGACUACUGGAGGAUUACUUCUCGAUGCAAGUUUUCACCAAAUUGUACUCCAUUACGAAACAAAAUUGUUUAAAUUGCACGUAUAUUUUCUCAUGUUUUAUAACAAUGUCUCUUUAGAGCUAAUGGUAUUCUACGUAGCGACGAAAUACAAGGCGAAAAAGGAGAUAUAAGAAUAGCGAACGAAAAUAAUGUAAAUGGUGCGCAGAUGCAGGACGAACAAUAAUGUGUAAAGUUUAAAAGCACAAUGAUAUAUUUAAUUUUUUAACGGUACUAUGAAACAAUUGUUGAUAAUAAAUUUGUAUAACAUAUUAAUUAUACAUACUUUCUACAUUUCGUAAUUUUACUCUAUCGUCUUGCAUUUUAUUCUAUGUGAGCUAAAGAAUGUAGAUAUAUCGUGCCUUUUGUACAUUGUAUAUUUGUACAUAAAAAUAUUUUACAUGAAUUAUUACAAUGUAGUUUAUACGAGGAAUAAAUAAACAACUUUAAAACACA